GGGGAUCAUCCGCCUUCAGAACGGCUGCGGUCAUGCCAAUCACGCACGCCGCUCCGAUAACACGGAGUUUGAUAGCACGUUACCAAACGCAUUCCCGAACCCACGUGCGACCAGAAUAGACCUGCAAUGCGAUGCAGGCGACUGCAGUUACUUUUUCGGAAUAGAACGACCAGCGGAUGGCGUUUGGAUGGCUCAGCGCAACGAACCCUUGGAAGCCAAGGUCGUAGCCAAGCAGCUCCGCCUGGUGGAAGACCUCGGAUUGUAUAAUUCAAUCACCUGUCCUUACUGGAUCGAGCGGCUGCUCAAGUAAGGCAAAAAGCUCAAAUAUUUCACCUACACGUUCGGUCAAGAGGCUUGGAACACCGAGGUGGAAGACGAUGAUCCGAAUCGGUAUCCAUGUGGCGAUGUUAUUGAUCUGGGUACAGCAAUGCUGGAGGGGGCGGCAAAAGCGGGAGUCUCUGCAUGCUGAAACGAUCCCUUCAAGAUGGCAACGUGACGCCCUUUGCGAUACGUAUGAUUUCGCCGGCAUCUCUUGCCUUGCGGUCUUUACAAAACUGAAAGUCUUGACCGUGGAUAUUUCCAGCCUCGCAGACUGCCCUAUACGCCUUACGAUCGGCUGUCGGCCACCAGUCAUAUCAAAUGUCCUGCCAGAGUCGUUCGAGAAGCUUGAGCUUAUAGAGAAGUGGUGGGGAAAAGAGGUCGAAAGAAUGCAGAAUGCUGCAUUGAGGCAACAAAAAGUUCGACUCUUUGAAGCAUGGAUGGAGCGGUUGUUCCAAGACCUCGCGUUCGAGUGUCAAGCAGGAGCCUUUCCAUUUCUGAGACACAUGACCUUCCGGCCAUACCCGAAAUUUGAAUCUAGCGGCUCUUUCAGACGAUCAUCUGGGUUGGAUGCCUUGAGACAAAUGUUUCGAGCCUCGGGGAUCAAGUUUGUCGGGGAGUAUCAUGACGGAUAUAAUCACGUCCUUGGACCAUACGAGAAUGACAAUUGGGAAGGAGACGAAGAGUAAGGGAGACGUCGUGGAUGGACACAAUUACCAAAAACGAAACCACAAGAGAUGAAAAGAAUAGCGCAAUGAAGAUCAUGCUAUUAAGGGCCAUCAUUUCUCAACGAAAGCAUUGGUAAACAUUUGGUUUUUCGAAAAACAGUCGUCAUACAUUCUUCAAACCUAACGUUAUUAAUAGUAAUAAGAGAUUAAUUACAAAGUCGCUAAUGCAAAUGUAGUACAUGGUUUUGGGGAAGGGUUGUCUGUUCAGGGCGGCCUCGGUGACGUAUGUCUGGAUGGUGAUGAUGACGCUCAGUGAAGAGGGGCCACGCGCGCCAACACCAAUGAAGAUGUUGUUUAGCAGAUUUCUUAUCAGCAUCAUUCCCAGUCACCCUGAAUAAGCAUUGUAAUCGGAGAAGUAUUGGGCUGAGCU